UCUCUCUCUCUGUGAAAAUGGCACCCCAAUCUUCAAUCCAAUUCAUCGAAGCAGCGCUACGGUGCACAGGACCUUUUGAGCUAUCCUACACAGACCCUGACCAGAAAUGGCACAUAAGAAAAGACAUGCUCUCACUCCUUCAAGAUUUCCCCAACCUCAGCCCUUCCAUGAACACCUACAACCACAAUGAUGGCACAAUCGUGAACCUUCUCAAUGCCUAUGGCACCAUCCAUGUCUCCAGCUCUUCUCCCCAUGUCCCGCUCACCAUUUGGCUCCACGAGAACUACCCUUACGCGGCCCCAAUCGUAAUCGUGGGCCUGCCGGACAUGGCCCCCUCCCCGACGAUCCACCACGACCACCCCUUCGUCGACCCCUCAGGGCUCACCGCAUCGCCAUAUAUCCAAACCUGGCAAUUCCCUAGGUGCAACCUCAAGGACCUUGUCCGCAACCUUGUAAAGAUUUUCUCUUGUGACCACCCGUUUUCCUGUUCACCCACUUCUAGCCCCUUCACCCACCCUUCUAUUGCCUCGAAGAAGGAGGCGUUCGAUCGCCUUGCGGGGAUGCUUCACUAUGACACGAUGGCCUUGAGGUCCAAGACCGAUGAGGAGAUCGAGGAGCUACUUGCCUUGCAGCAGGAAAUUGUCCAGCGGGUCACAAUCGUGACGACUAUAGUCCAAGGGCUCGAGCGCGAGAGGUGGGAAUUGAGGGAUAGGGUGGCACGGUUAGCCGAGGAAGCCGAUGUCUUGAUCAACUGGUUGAAAGUCCACGACCCGAAACGGGCCGCAGCCACGGGGGACGACAGCACAGAUGAUGUGUUUGAAGGAGUUGAUGAGGAAUCCCAGUCGUGGCUCCAUUGCCUGGCUGUGGAUAGGUCUAUAGAGGAUACUAUCGAUGCAUUGGAUGAAGCAGUUGCAGAAGGGAUUGUGAAUGUUGAGACUUAUCUCAGGCAAGUGAGGAAUUUGGCAAGAGAACAGUUUCUCCACAGAGAUGUGGUAGUUAAAUUUGAGACAUCCCAGCAACUUCAAUAGGACUUAGUAUAAGAAUCUCUCUGGUAAUGUCUUGCUUCUCGGUUUGCUGUGCAUAUAUUUCAGUUUUGGAACGAGUCAGUAACUAAGUUUGCCUUCAAUGGGAUAGUUUUAUUUAGUUUAGAGCCAGAUUUUGUAUUGGAUAUGAAGCCUUCCGACGAUGUCGUUUCAGACCCUUGGUUAAGUGUUCUCAUAUGUCGUUUUUGAAAAAUUCUCCUGUAAGUGGGGCUCAUUCUAGACUUGACCUUGUUUGAAAAGGGCCUAUAAACUUAUUACUUUCAUCUAAUAAGUCUCCCCUAUGAGGGGAAUUUUGAGAA